UAUUUAGGAAAUUACAAGAGUAUUGUAGUAUACAAAUUGCUUACUUUAACACUGAACUUUGAUGUCGUGUUUUUUCUUUAAAUGUGCGGCGAGAUUUGUGCUCCCUGAAUAUUUGAUCACCGCAUGGCAGGAUUUACAAACUGCACGUGUCUUGUCCGUUGAGCAAUCUUUUCUUUGGAAUCCAAAGUGCUUCCAAACGAAUGACUUGAAGCCUAAAGGGGAGCAAAUCUCCUCGUCUUUUUGGACACUAGCCAUAGCACCAGCCCCGGAGCCGCGUACUAGUUGUCGACUCCCCUUUCACGUGCAGCAACGCCGCGCACUGCUCCCUGCUCCCGGAAAGAGGAAGCAAGCAACCAUGAACUGGAUUUCAAAAUAAAGUCGCGUCUAAUGUCCGAGGUCAAACACGGCGAUAUAAAUCGAUGUUUACCUUUAGCAUCGAUGCCAAUAAAUCGUAGAGCAUUAUAUCGAUUAAUCGAUGUGUAUCGAUGUAUCGUUACACCCCUAGUAUCGAUGUAUCGUUACACCCCUAGUUCCUACUGUUCUUGUAUGUGGCGCUGGUCUGGUGUACAGCUGUUUCUCAAAAGGAAAGCAUUGCUCAUACUACUGAGAUGCAGUCAUACACAGGGAGGACUUGUUCUGUCAUGCCAUUGUGACAAAGUGUAGCAAACUAGUUGCGACGCAGAUGGCACUUUAUCGUGUCCAAACUGUGUAUUGUCAGACGGCCUCUGUUCCACUUUUUCAGGCUUGUACGUCAUCUGGUCACAUGGUUUAUGCUUUUGCAAACUUGUUGCGACAAGUAAAGCCAGCUUGCUUUUGAUUACAUUAGUGGGCUUUGUCACCAAAGUGUGCCAUUUAGACUUUGUAGGGUCUUUGUGAAGAAACCUAAUAAUAAAAAAACCUCUUCACAGAAUUGCAACCGCUGCACUGUGUUUACUUCUGUCUGGCAGAAUAGCAACUAUGUCCGUCGCCAAGUGUUUCCUCGUCAUCCUCAAUGUCAUCAUCUUUGUCUUUGGAGUGUUGAUCAUGGGCUUUGGACUAUGGGUUCUCUCUGAUACCCAGCGUUUCAUUGCUGUUCUACAAGAAUCGGCAGCUCGUCAGGCGAAAGUGUCUUCCUACAUCUUCAUUGGAGUGGGGUCCUUGUCAAUAGCCCUGGGCUUCCUUGGCUGCAUCGGAGCUAUCUACGAGAUCCGUUGUCUUCUCCGUCUGUACUUCACCUGUGUGCUGCUCAUCCUUAUCGCCGAAGUGAUCAUCGGAAUUCCCAUCUACUUCCAAAGAGAUCGAGUUUAUUUAUUGACUUACAUCAGGGAGGGGGGCCUUUGUGACCAGCUCUCCUCGGAACUUCCCGUCUACCAAACGGUACGGUUUGUUGAUGCUUGCUUGUGAAGGCCUCAACUUGCUGAAUCUGCUGAUCUUUUCAGCUUUUCCUGUGUUUUUGCUUUGCUCUUGCAAAUGUUUGGCUUUGGGGGUUUCAUUGGCCCAGGCUAUGCUGCACAUCCGCUACGGCUUGCUAUUUUUUCCCUUUAACUCUCAGUGUCUUCAUAAUAUGGGCAAUUAAUUGUGUGCGUGCGUUUUUUGUUUUUGUUUUUUUAAUCAUGUCCCUGUUGAUUUGCAUUGCCUCCACUAACAAGACAGCUGCGAAAAAAGAGGAACUGAUUUACAUAAACAGUGUGAGGGUUGCUAUCUUCAGCAUGCACACUGAUUUGUAUUUUGACAAAAGUGACAUUUUUCUAAGGGGGAGCAUUAUUAGUAUAUUUCUUUUGAGAGGUAGGUUUUUCUAUGAAAAUUGAUGCAAAUUAAUCUUCAAGAAAAACGUGUUUCAAAGGUGGUUUAGUAAUGGGAAGAAUAAAGCAAAUCCCAGGAGAGGAAGUAAAGGAAAACUUGAAUUAGGGACGACACCGUGAAGGAAUCAACAUCAACAUUUUGUGCAGUUUCUUUUUGAUAAGAGUCUGCCACUUCCCCUUUGUUAACUUUUUUUGUUUUGGUCAUCUUUGUCUCCUUUUUACUUGCUU